AUGUUUUAGCGAAUUAUCGAGUCUUAUGUAGAUAAACGAGUGGGUACAACAUACGGUCCACCUGCUGGGAAGACAUUAACUAUAUUUAUUGAUGACAUUAAUAUGCCGGUAAUUAAUGACUGGGGAGACCAAAUUACCAACGAAAUAGUACGUCAACUUAUGGAAACUGGAGGCUUUUAUAGCUUGGAUAAACCAGGCGAUUUCUCAUAUAUCGCCGACGUUAUGUUGCUGUCAGCUAUGAUCCAUCCUGGAGGUGGUCGAAAUGACAUACCCCAUAGACUUAAAAGACAAUAUUGUAUAUUCAAUUGCACCUUGCCGAGCAUCACUUCUAUGGAUUUAAUCUUUAGACAGAUUGGUUGUGGAUACUUUUGUAUCGAACGGUUUGAGGAAGAAGUCGUUGAAUUCAUGCCAAAAUUAAUUCCAUUGACUAGACAUAUUUGGCAGAAAACGAAACAGAAAAUGCUGCCAACGCCGGCCAAGUUUCAUUACGUUUUUAAUCUACGCGAUUUAUCUAGAAUAUGGCAAGGAAUACUGACAGUUCAAAAUUUGGAAUGUCGUAAUAAAAAUAUGGCGUUGAAACUUUGGAGACACGAAUGUGAACGGGUGAUAGCGGAUAGGUUUACUAUAAUACCCGAUAAAGUGUGGUUUGUAAAUCUUUUAAAAACUGUAGCAGCCGAAGAACUGGGAGAUGAUUUUGAAGCUUAUCCGGAAGAGGAAACUUUCUGGGUGGAUUUUCUUAGGGAUCCUCCCGAACCAACUGGUGAAGAGCCAGAAGAUUUCUGCUUUGAUGCACCAAAAAUUUAUGAAGAAAUUCCCAGUUGGACUUUUCUUAAAGAAAGGCUCUUCGCAUUCAUGGCUGAAUAUAAUGAAGCUGUACGCGGUUCUCCAAUGGACCUGGUAUUUUUCCACGAUGCCAUGGUGAAUUUAAUGAUAAUAUCAAGAGUUAUUCGAACUCCUCGCGGCAAUGCUUUAUUAGUAGGAGUUGGUGGAUCAGGAAAACAGAGUUUAACAAGACUUUCAUCUUUCAUAGCUAACUACAAAAGUUUCCAAAUUCAAUUAACCAGAACAUAUAAUGUGAAUAACUUAAUGGAAGACAUGAAAGGGCUUUAUAGGGUGGGAGGAUUGGAAGGACGCGGAAUGACAUUUAUUUUUACAGACAACGAAAUAAAAGACGAGACAUUUUUGGAGAGCAUUAACAAUAUUUUAAGUUCAGGCGAAAUUGCUAAUCUGUUCGCCAAAGACGAGUUGGACGAAAUCCAAUCCGAAUUGAUUCCGAUAAUGAAAAAAUUCAACCAGAAGCGCCCUCCGACUGUAGAUAACCUGUAUGACUUUUUUAUUACGAGAUCUAGACAAAACCUCCAUGUUGUUUUAUGCUUUUCACCUGUAGGAGAGAAGUUUCGUAGCAGGGCUCUCAAAUUUCCCGGGUUAAUUUCCGGUUGCACGAUCAAUUGGUUCCAAAAAUGGCCUCAAGACGCUUUAGAAGAAGUAUCUGAACAUUUUUUGACACAAUACGAUGUUGUAUCAACUCCCGAAGUAAAAAGGGAACUUAUUUUGAUUAUGGCUGAAGUUCACGAUGGAGUAUCGGAUUAUUGUGAGAAAUAUUAUGACAAAUUCAGACGGAGAACCUACGUGACACCAAAAACUUUUAUAUCGUAUUUAGCUGCCUAUAAAGAACUUUAUAAGAAAAAAGUUGACAACAUAGAUAUGUUGGCGAUGAGAAUGAAAACUGGACUUUCCAAGUUAGUUGAAGCGCAGGCUAGUGUUGAUAUUUUAAGGCAAGAGUUAGCAGUCAAAGAGCAAGAAAUGACAGUCGCCACGGAAGCAGCUGAAAAAGUAUUAAAUGAAGUACUUGCUGCAAGUGAAAUAGCAAACAAAAUUAAAGAGCUUCUGAUGGUUAAAGAAAGGGCUGAAAACUUAGUAGAAUUGAUCAGCGUUGACCAAAAAGAGGCAGAACAGAAGCUGCUGGCGGCAAAACCCGCUUUAGAUGCCGCUGAAGCUGCUCUUUUGGUAAUUAAAGCCGCUGAUAUAGCAACCGUCCGAAAGCUAGGAAAGCCACCAUAUUUAAUUUUGUUAAUUAUGGAUGCAGUGCUUAUAUAUUUUAAGAAACAGAAAAAUUAAAAAACAAAAAAAAACGAUUUUGAAAAAAAUUUCUUACUUCCAUCAUGGACCGAUUCUCUAAAGUAUUUUAUUUAUAAAUGUGUUAUGGCAGAUACGAACUUUUUGAAGAAUCUCCAGAAUUAUCCGAAAGAUACAAUUAAUGCUGAGAUUGUUGACUUACUUCAGCCAUACUUAACUCAUCCUUUGUAUACAUACGAGGCUGCGAAAACAGCUUGUGGUAACGUAGCCGGUUUAAUUGCUUGGACUAUAGCUAUGUCUGCUUUCUUUGAAGUUAACAGGGAAGUAUUGCCACUAAAGGCUAACUUGACUAUUCAACAAGCUAAAUUAUCCAAGGCUCAAGAAGAAUUAGAGGCAGCUAUGGAAUUGCUUGCUACUAAAGAAGCAGAAGUAAGAGAAUGUCAAAAACAGUAUGAUGAGGCUAUGGCAUUCAAACAAGAAAUAUUUGAAGCUGCGAUGAAAGUUAAAAAUAAAAUGGAUGCUGCAACGGCGCUUAUCGAUGGGUUAGCAGGAGAACGAAUCCGAUGGACUGAGCAGUUGGCGCAAUUUAAGGCCGAAACCGAACGCCUAAUUGGCGAUGUCGUUUUACUGACUGGUUUCUUAGGUUAUACUGGUCCUUUCAAUCAAGAAUUUAGAUCUGUUAUGCAACAGAACUGGCUUGAUUCUUUAAUUAGAAGAAAAAUACCAGUUACUCUAAGUAUAAAUAUUAUAGAUAGCUUAACGGAUAUGGCAACUAUCGGUGAGUGGAAUUUGCAAGGAUUACCAACAGACGAACUUUCGAUACAAAAUGGCAUUAUUGUUACAACGGCUUCUAGAUUUCCACUUUUAAUCGAUCCACAAAGUCAAGGAAAAGCUUGGAUAAAGAUGAAGAAAAACAAAAUAAGCAAUACUAUUCUUAGUGGGACAAUCUGUACUCUUAUAAAUAAUAUAAUUUUUAGAAAUCACGUAGAAGAUGCUGUCUCCUUAGGUUACCCAAUGAUUAUUGAAGAUAUAGCUGAAGAACUAGAUCCUGUUUUAGAUAAUGUCCUUGAAAAGAAUUAUAUUAAGAUAGGAACUACUUUUAAAGUUAAAUUAGGAGAUAAGGAAGUUGAUGUGAACGCCGGGUUUAAGCUAUAUAUUACUACAAAAAUUAGCCCUAAUUACACUCCGGAAGUAUUUGCGAGAACAGCUAUCAUAGAUUUCACAGUCACAAUGAAAGGUUUAGAAGAUCAGUUGCUUGGAAGGGUUAUUUUGACGGAGAAGAAAGAGUUGGAAAUGGAGAGAACUACUCUGAUUACAGAUGUCACAGCUAAUAGAAGGAAAAUGUUGGAACUUGAACAGAAUUUACUAUAUAAACUAACAACGACUAAAGGAUCGUUAUUAGAUGAUGACACUGUAAUUGAGGUGUUAAAUGUGACGAAAAAUACAGCUGCCGAAGUUCGUGAAAAGUUACAAAUUGCUAAAGAAACAGAAGUAAAAAUCAAUGCAGCUAGAGAAGAAUUUAGGCCUAUCGCCACUCGAGGAAGCAUUUUAUAUUUCCUGGUAGUUAGUAUGGCAAUGGUGAACUACAUGUAUCAAACAUCGCUAGUACAGUUUCUGGAAAGAUUUGAUGUAUCUAUGAACAGAUCCGAAAAAUCUGCUAUUAUUAGUAAAAGAAUUCACUUUAUAAUUGAUUAUCUUACUUAUGAAAUUUUCAAAUAUAAAUCGAGGGGCCUAUAUGAACGACAUAAAUACCUAUUUGUGUUGCUAAUGUGCUUGAAUAUCGACUUAGAAAGGGAACACAUCACACAUGACGAAUUUCAAAAUUUCGUCAAAGGCGGCGCAGCUUUAGAUUUAAAUGCCUGUCCUCCAAAAGCAGCAAAGUGGAUCAUGGAUCUAACUUGGUUGAACCUGGUUGAGUUAACCAAAUUGCGCCACUUCCAGUAUAUUGUACAACAAGUUACUGCUAAUGAUAAACAGUGGAAGAGUUGGUUUGACAAAGAUGCUCCAGAGGAAGCUAUAAUUCCAGAUGGAUAUAAUAAUUUAGAUACCUUUAGAAAACUUUUAGACCACGCUCUUGAAUUGUCGAAUGGGAACCUUCAAAGUCGUAAAUAUAUUGCUAAUUCUUUAGGGCUCAGGUUUGCUGAACCAGUUAUAUUGAAUUUUGAAUCAAUGCAUGAAGAAUCGAGACCUUUAACGCCUUUGAUAUGCUUCUUGAGCAUGGGCUCUGAUCCUACUCCGUAUAUUGAGAUGUUGGCUAAACGAUUAGAACUAAAGAGUAAAAGUAUUUCAAUGGGACAAGGACAAGAGGUUCAUGCUAGAAAAAUGUUAGCUCAAGCAAUGCAGGAGGGAUUCUGGGCAUUGUUGCAAAAUUGUCAUUUAUCGUUGGACUAUAUGCAGGAAGUGCUUCUUCAGUUUCUGGAUUUGGAGAAGGGAAUUGGCAGUGUUCAUCCUGAUUUUCGGCUUUGGAUAACUACCGAGGAGCACGAGAAGUUUCCAAUAAGUUUACUUCAGAUUUGUAUUAAGUUUACGAAUGAAGCUCCCUCGGGUAUAAGAGCGGGUCUUAUGAGAACCUACAGCUCUAUGAAUCAAGAUAUGCUGGAUUACUCAGAUGCAUGGCAGUAUAUACCAUUAGUUUAUGCAAUAUCAUUCUUGCACACUACUGUUCAAGAACGUAGAAAAUUUGGACCUUUAGGUUGGAAUAUACCUUAUGAAUUUAAUUCAGCCGAUUGGUUAUCGAGUUGCCUCUUUUUACAAAAUCAUCUGGAUGACCUUGAUCCUAAAAGAGGAAUUAGUUGGCAAACGCUGAGGUAUAUGUUAGGAGAAGUGCAUUACGGAGGAAGAGUUACUGAUGACUUUGAUAAGAAAUUACUUAACACAUUCUGUAGAGUAUGGUUCAAUGAUGACAUAUUUAAGGAAGAUUUUAUAUUUUAUAAAGGUUACAAAAUAGUGAAGUUUAAAAAUGUUACCGACUAUCUCGCCCACAUAGAUGGUUUUCCUACCAUAGAUCCUCCUCAAGCAUACGGAUUACACUCUAACGCAGAUAUUACAUAUCAGACCAAUACAACUAUUGAAAUGUUUAAUGUUAUGUUGGCUAUUCAACCUAAAGAAUCUGGCGGAGGUGGUGGAGAAUCCAGGGAAGGUGCGGUGAAACGACUGUCUACGGACAUGUUAUCCAAAUUGCCCAAAAAUUAUGACCCAUUUGAAGUCAAAGAAAGGUUAAGAAUUAUGAAUCAUCUGAAUCCACUAAAUAUCUUUUUGAGACAAGAAAUAGACAGAAUGCAAAAAGUUAUUAGUUUGGUACGCGCUACUUUAACAGAUUUGUUGUUGGCAAUUGAAGGUACUAUCAUUAUGAGUGAGGCCCUUGGAGAAGCUUUGGAUAGUAUUUAUGACGCUAAAGUUCCAUUUAUUUGGCUAAGAGGAUCGUGGGAAUCUAACACUUUAGGAUUCUGGUUUACUGAGUUAAUAGAACGUGAUGCUCAGUUUCGGUCUUGGUGUUUCAGCGGUUAG